AAAAGCUAUAAUAUCUGUAUUAGAUUUGAUUCAAUUCUUCAUCAAGCAUACUGACAAUGAAGCGAAUCGUAGUUUCUUUGACCUCUGCACUAUUUACUUUUAGAUAAGCGUUGAAUACUUUGCAGUUUAUCAAAAAAUUGUGUUAUCAUGUUUAGGUGGAGACGUACGCUUCUUGCCGGGUUUAGAGUUCACUGUAAUUGUGCAAUAGAACAUCACAACAUAAGUUAUAAGACAGUGAGAAGUUUAAGUGCAGCAAUGGGUGACAAAUUCAAGCUGCCUGGACGGUAUGGUGCCGGUGAAAAGAGCGUAUGGGUUGAAUACAUUCAGCUGGCCGCUGAGUACAAGCCUGCUGUGAACCUGGGUCAAGGUUUUCCUGACUAUCAUGCGCCUGAACAUGUCACCAAAGCUCUUGCCAACGUUACGACGGGCGAGAAUCCACUACUCAACCAAUAUACUAGAGGAUUUGGGCAUCCUCGACUUGUACAAAAUCUUGCCAAACUCUACUCACCUUUGAUAGGAAGGGAGUUGGAUCCAAUUAAUGAAAUAUUAGUAACCAGUGGAGCUUAUGAAGCUUUAUUUUCUGCUAUCCUUGGGCAUGUGGAUGAAGGCGACGAGGUGAUAGUCAUUGAGCCCUUUUUUGAUUGCUAUGAGUUCAUGAUAAAGUCAGCGGGUGGAGUUCCUAAGUUCAUUGCCUUGAAGCCAAAGCCCAGUGAAGGAGAAAUGACCUCAGCGGACUGGGUGCUCGAUGACAAAGAGCUAGCUUCCCUGUUCAGCACUCGUACCAAGAUGCUCAUAUUGAAUACGCCACAUAACCCAGUGGGAAAAGUGUUCACAGCACAGGAACUGCAAACUUUAGCCGAUCUGUGCAAGAAGCACAAUGUGCUGUGCAUUUCUGACGAGGUGUACGAAUGGAUGGUUUACAAGCCGCACAAGCAUAUAAGGAUAGCAACGUUACCGGGUAUGUGGGAGAGGACCAUCACAAUCGGCUCAGCAGGCAAAACAUUCUCUGUGACCGGCUGGAAAACUGGCUGGGCUUAUGGUCCAGCUAACCUCAUGAAGAACCUGCAAGUGGUUCACCAGAACUGCGUGUAUACUUGCUGCACGCCCAUACAGGAAGCAGUAGCACGUUCGUUCGAGUUCGAACUGGCCCGGUACAAUUCUCCAGAAUGUUACUUCUUCUCACUGGCCGAAGAGUUGAUUUCUAAGAGAGACUAUCUCGUGAAAGUGUUAAGGGAGAACGGAUUCAACCCCACCAUACCAGAUGGAGGAUACUUCGUGAUGGCCGAUUGGACUAAACUUGAGUACAAGAUCGAUCUAAAACAGGAGUCUGAUAAGUACAAAGACUAUCGCUUCACGAAAAAGUUCGCCAAGGAGGCUGGAAUACUCACUAUACCGCCCACUGCUUUUUACUCUGGGGGGCAUAAGAACUUGGGUGAAAACUACGCGAGGUUUUGUUUUAUAAAGAAAGACGAAAACCUUCAGCUGACAGAGAAACUUCUUAAGGAAUGGAACGCUAAGAAAAACUAGGUUGGAUAACAUUGUUAGUUAAAAUCUAACUCACUGCCAAUUAAUACAAUACAUCACUAUACGUGUACAAAAUAUAUAAUAUACAGGGUUAUAAAAAAAUACUAGAAAGCCUUCGGCCUUGUUAAUCCUAUCAUUAAGACUAACAACUUUUGUUCUACGACUUUUCAAAAUUUAGUAUUAAUUUAUUUCAUACAAAAAAAACCUGUUUUUUCUGUAAAGUGACAUUACACUGUGACACCAAAUACGUGUCCCUGUUGCCGAUGUUACGUUACAGAGUAGUAACAAGUAGAGUAUCUAUAUAAAAUUAAUUAAAUUAAAAUAAAUUGAA